AUGAGACCAACUCAACUCCUUUUAAAUCAAGCUAAAAAAUCAUCAUCUGUUGUGCCAUUGGAAUUGACUCCAUUGUUCAUCGCUAUGGGUGCUGCAGUUGCAUCUGCUUCUUAUUUCACAUACAAAAAGUUUGCACAUGACAGAAGUCUGCGUAUCACCAAGAACCCUGAAUUGUCUGAAGUGCAAAAGGCUAUUGACUCUGAAAAGAGCCAAUAA